AUGUGGUGGGAUGCACCAAUGACGAAGGCAUGUCACCAGCUAUUCCAAGAAAAUAAGAAUCCAUCGGAUUCUGAAAUUGAAGAAGCGUUUAAAUCACAAAUUCAAAAGGAUUGUCCUAAAAAAAUGCAAGAACUUAUUAAUUCAAAUGGAUGGGAAAACUUAUGGAAUGCUGCAUAUUCCAUUACAUUAGAAUAUUUUCGUAAUCACAGAGCAGCAUAUAUUCGUAAAAUAAAAGAUGCUACCUAUAUGUUCUUAAAUCUAUUUUCAUGCAAACUCAACAAGUUCGCUACUCCUGAAGAAGUUAGAUGUUGGAAGGAAUCAGAGAAAGUGAAACAAGCAAGGGGCAAUCUACUAAAUAGAGUAGAUAGUAAAGACCUACAAUCACCGCGUAUUAUUGAAGCUAUCUUGCAAAGAACGUUUAAUAAUGAAGAACUUCAAAACGAGAAUAAUAUUAUAUUUGGCAUUACAGUAACAAUUAUGUUUUUAGAUCCAACGUAUGAUCAAGCUGAAAUUUCAUCUUCUAAAGUACAGGAACGUAUGAAUAAAUGGGAAUCUAAUGCAAUUAUUCAAAAAUGGCUUAAAUGUGAAGAGAACUUAUUUGAAGAUAAUGUAAUGAAUCAUGAUAACAUGGAAAAAAAUGAUGAUAUGCAAUUUGAUAAUGUGUUAAUAGAAGAAAGUGAUAUUGAAAAUGAGAGUAUCAGUAUCUAUAACGAAGACAAAAGAAUAAAUGAUUUAAACGGAACUAUCAAUAUGGAAAAUACCGAUAGUGAAGAUAGUAGUAAUUAA